CUGCUAGUUCAUCAGUUGGGUGGUGCACGUUGGGUUAAUCGGACGCUGUUGUUCUGGUUUUACUGUUCUAUUCAUCGAGUGAAAAUUAUGUCGUCGAAGCAAAUUCAACAUAUACUGGAGCUUACGCUGCAGGAGCGGAAGGAUUUUGUCGAUUCGUUCGACUGUGUCAUUUGUGAUUGCGAUGGCGUCCUGUGGACAGUUUUCGAGCCCAUCGCUGGUAUCGCAGAUGCACUGGCCACCCUUCGAGCCCACGGCAAAACGAUUCGCUACAUUACGAACAACAGCGUUCGAUCGUUCGAAAGCUACGUCACUCAGUUUCAAUCCCUCGGAGUCACACUGGAACCAUCGGAUCUUAUCCAUCCGGCCGUCUCGGUGGUACGCUAUCUUAAAUCAACCAACUUCGAAGGACUGAUCUACUGCAUCGCCACGGAAACUUUCAAAUCGAUUCUUCGUGAGGCCGGAUUCGAACUGCUAGAUGGGCCCAGCGAUCCACUGGAGGAGUCGUUUAAAAAAAUAAUUGCCACCGUCCACGACCGAAGCCCGGUACGGGCGGUCAUCGUGGAUGUCGAUUUCAACCUCAACUAUCCGAAACUGCUGCGAGCGGAACUGUAUCUGAAAAACGAUCCGAAUUGUUUGUUGAUUGCUGGUGCAACGGAUAAAUUGCUCCACGCGAAGCGUGACUUUGAUCUGAUUGGUCCGGGGUAUUUUUCGGAAGUUCUUGAACAUGCAACUGGUAAAAAAGCGAUUGUUUUGGGUAAACCAGGUGUUCCCCUGGUAGAGCAGGUUCUGGAAGCGUACGCGAUUGCUAAACCUCAACGAGUCCUGUUUGUUGGAGAUAUGCUAGGGCAGGAUAUUGCAUUCGGAAGCUGCUGUGGAUUCCAGAAGCUUCUUGUUCUGUCCGGUGGUACAACGCGGGAAGAAAUGAUGCAGCAGACGGAUCCAGCGUGGGUUCCGGAUUACUACGCCGAUAGUUUGGCUGAUUUCGUUCAACUUUUCCAGUGAACUCCAAAUGGAUUUCUCUAUAUACCGAAACAAAGCACAGAUUUUUACACAGAGAAGAUUAUUCAUUAUAUUCCGUAUGCUAAAUCCGUUGAAAAUAUAUAGGUUUGUACCAGUGAAUGACAUACCGGUUAAUAUAUGCUUAUCAGAAGAA